ACCGCAUCCUCGCCCGCGAGUCCAUGAGGCUCGAUCGACGCCCCUCGAUCGCUUGAUCGCCCCGACCGCUCUCCUACACCCUAUCGCGAACCCAACCCGUGGCGGGGAAACCACCACGAUGAAUGGCGCCGAUAUCAAAAAAGCCGCCAUCAACAAGGCGAAGCAGGUGGCCCAGGCCGCCAAUGGCAACGGCGGCAAGAAGCGGAGGAAGGGCCAGGACCUGAAGCCCAUCAUCACGACGGAGCAGCAGAAGAGCCAGGAAGCGUCUCCCGCCGCCAACACCAACUUCCACUACAACGUCACAAACACCGCCUCUCCGCUCUCCCACCACAAGGUCGCGUACGCGAACCAGUUGAGCCACUCCCCCUCCUCCGACUCGUCCUCCGCGGACGAGGCCGAAAACACCGCCGACGAAGAAGACUCCGAGGACUACUGCAAGGGCGGCUACCACCCCGUCCAGGUCGGCGAGCAGUACAAGGACGGCAAAUACACAAUUGUGCGGAAGCUUGGUUGGGGUCACUUCUCGACUGUGUGGCUGUCCAAGGACAACACGACCGGCAAGCAUGUCGCGCUAAAGGUAGUGCGAUCCGCCGCGCAUUACACAGAAACCGCCCUCGACGAAAUCAAGCUCCUCAAGAGGGUCGUGGACGCCAACAAGGACCACCCGGGCCGGAAACAUGUCGUCAGUCUGCUCGACUCGUUCAACCACAAGGGACCAAACGGCGUCCACGUAUGCAUGGUGUUUGAGGUGCUCGGAGAAAAUUUGCUGGGACUAAUAAAAAGAUGGAACCACCGCGGAAUCCCAAUGCCGCUGGUUAAACAGAUCACCAAGCAAGUUCUGCUCGGAUUAGACUAUUUACACCGGGAGUGCGGUAUUAUUCAUACAGAUCUGAAGCCCGAAAACGUUCUCAUCGAGAUUGGCGAUGUAGAACAGAUUGUCAAGACAUACGUAAACGAUGAGCCAAAGAAGAAGGACGACAAAGACGACAACCGCAAUGGUCGGCGGAGGAGGAGGACCCUGAUCACGGGAAGCCAGCCGCUGCCGAGUCCGCUGAACGCUAGUUUCAAUCACUCCGACCUGUUAAACUUUCCGGGGAGCACGCAGAGUCUGAACAGGGUCAUGAACGAAAGCACAGGUAACAAUAGCCCUAUAACUGGCGUCAGCCCACCCCCACAAGGCGGUCAUGUAAUGAGUGGUGCGUUAGGCACUUCCUCACCCGGCGGCCUGUCCAUGGCUGAACGAUUAGGUCUCAAAGCCCCCGAGGGAGACGACAUCCAGAAGCAAAGAGAAAAGACUGCCGACCUUUUGACAAAAGAAGUCUCUGGAAUCAGCCUAGACAAAUCGAGUACCAACUCGAGUCAACAAACGUCGAUAGACAAGUUGGCCGAAGAUGUAUCAUUCGAAACCAUAUCGGUGAAGAUUGCUGAUCUUGGCAACGCUUGCUGGGUGGGCCACCAUUUCACAAAUGACAUUCAAACUAGACAAUAUAGAUCACCGGAAGUAAUCCUCGGAGCCAAAUGGGGAGCUAGCACCGACGUGUGGAGCAUGGCCGCAAUGGUCUUCGAACUCAUAACCGGCGACUACCUCUUCGACCCGCAAUCCGGCACCAAAUACGGCAAAGACGACGACCACAUCGCGCAGAUCAUCGAGCUGCUCGGCACCUUCCCCAAAUCGCUCUCCACCAACGGCAAAUGGGCGCAGGAAAUCUUCAACCGCAAGGGCGAGCUGCGCAACAUCCACCGCCUGCGGCACUGGGCGCUGCCCGACGUGCUCAAGGAAAAAUACCACUUCCAGCCCGACGACGCGCGCAAGAUUGCCGACUUUUUGCUGCCGAUGCUGGAGCUGACGCCGGUGGAGCGGGCGAAUGCGGGCGGGAUGAGCAGCCAUGCGUUUUUGGAUCAGACGCGGGGCAUGGAUGAUGUGAAGCUGGAUAUUCCGGUCGGCAGCAAGGGGGAUGGGAUCGAGGGGUGGGCGACGGAGGUGAAGAAACCGCGGUAGUGGCCGGCGGCGGCGGCUAGAGCGGUGUAUGGGGUUUGAUGAUGAUGACAUGCAUGGGAGCUUUGUUCGUGGCGGGCGGUUUAUUCUAGCUUUUGCAACUGGCUUGGCUUGGGGCUUGAGGCGAACCUUGUGUGUGU